AUCGGUCUGUCAAGAAAGCUGGAAUCGAGGUUCAAUACCUUGAAGAAAUGGAGACGUUUGUCCAAACUAAACUGAGGCCGGAGCACAACAUGUCGAAGGCAGCAGCCGUCCAAGAGAAGCAAACUGUGGCUCGGCAUGAAGCCUACACAGAAGCAGCAGAGAAGAAUACGAGUGCAGCUCAGCCCAGCAGGGGGCAGGCUGUUCUGCCAGCCAUCAUCACCACCCUGCUGCUCGUCCCUCUGCUGCUGCUGCUUUCCACUGGACUCUUCCUCUGCUGGAGGAAAAACAACCGAUGUGAGGUGAAAUCCGAACCCAGCUCUGUGGGAGGAAUCUGGGGGAAAAUAAGAGGUAAAGCUGUGGGCAGUCUGAACCUGGGGAACUUCUUUGCGUCGCAUAAGGGUUACAGUCGCCAGGGCUUCGACCAGCUGAGCACUGAGGGUAGCGACCAGGACAGACAAGAUGUUGACAGCAGCGACUCGGAGAACGAGGAGUACUCCGCUCUACCGCCGCCUCACCCCACCUCUUAGACUCUUUGGCCAGUCACCAAGCUCCUGCUUACAGUGCUGAGUGUAUGCUUUUCAUCACGUGUCUAACCAUUGUAAAGCUACCAAUCUUAUUAUUUAUAUAUUUAAAAAUGUGCUGUAUAUAAAGCUAAUUUAAACAUUAAUGUAAUUUAAUCGUGGUCUUGAUAAAGCGUGGUCUUGGUAAUUCAUUUCACACAUUGAAAGAUUAUUUUCCCCAAAUCAAACUUGCAUUGAGUAAAACCAUUAGCACAGCUCUAAUGAUUUGGCCUUAGAUCCAGCCUUAAAACAAGACCAAAUCUCCCAAUGGCUUAAGCCAGUGUUUUUCAACCUUUUUUGAGCCAGGGCACAUUUUUUACAUUAAAGAAAUCUUGAGUCCCACCACCAACCAAAAGUGUAACAAAAUGACACAUUUACAAUGACAAUUAGUCAAUAGUCUCUCAAUUUAUUUAUACUCACUCAGUGUGAAACCUGGGAGUGUUUAGAUGAACACAAAGCUGAUAUCCUGGCAGGAACUGAAGAAAGGCACACACAAAGCUCUUCCUCAACAGCUCGCAGUCUCUCUCUGUUUUUAGUUUUUAUAGCACUCAUGCUUGAAAAGCUCGCUUGGGACCAUGACACUGUUGUUAAGCUUUUCCCGAGACACCAAGCAUAACGGAGUCGGUGCAUCAGGAUCCCCGGUGAAAGUAAAUCCAAACGAAAGAUAACUUUUGCUGUAUUUUCUUGAGCUCACCGUUUUUGCUUUCUUUUGACCACCACUCAUAUUACUCUCUUCAUCUCCGUUAGAAUUUUGUUCAGGGCCCAUUUCGAAGUCUUUUUCCUUUCAUGUUUUAGUUUAAUACCAUUGCAUGCUGAAUGUUCUGCCUUCUUUGUAUGUGCCAUUACAAAAUGCAUUAUGGGAUUAAAACAGCUGCUGCUUUUUGAGCUUGUAUUAUAUUGAUGUUGCUUUCAUCCGUGUGUGUGUGUGUGUGUGUGUGUGUGUGUGUGUGUGUGUGUGUGUGUGUGUGUGUGUGUGUGUGUGUCAGUGUGUGGCUACAAACAUACAUGGAACUACAUCAGCUGUUUGUUUGUUUUUGUUAAAUUUGUAGAAAUUAAGGUUUUAAGCAUCGUCAUUUGCUAAAUGGUAAGCCGUGAUUGAAAUGAUAUGAUGUGUUGCAAACGGGCUAAAACAUGAAAAAAGUAUGGUGGAUGUUAAUCUGGACAUGAAUUUUUCUUUGUCAGCUGUGUGAUUUUUUGUUUGUGAACCUUUUUGCAGGGGUCCGUUGAAAGGCACGCUUCAGACUGCAAUAGUUUCUCAACAUUUUUAAAUCAUAGUUAACGUGAAAUAAAAAAUUAUGAAUUGAUCACGUUUCAAAAUGUAUGGAGAUGAAUAGAACACCAAGAAGAUGGCAAAAUACAUGUAAUUUCAAACGUAAUGGCAACAUUCAAAGUACGUUUUUUUGUGAAUCAAGUGCUUGAGUCGCAAUGCAAAAAUGAAUUAAUAAAACAAGUUCACAGUGCACACCUAAAAAAAAAAAAAAAGAGAUAAAACACAAAUAUGAUGGGAUAUGAUCACACUGUUCAGUUUAAUUCUGUUUUCUAUGGUUUUGCUACAUUCGAUCUUUCAUUGCCUAUUCUUAAAAUUCAUCUAGUAUACUUAGACCCUGAUGAAAUAUAUCUAUUAUAUUUGUAUAUUGUUUGAAUUGCAUAUCCUAGAAAUUGCAAUUCCGAUGUUGCAGUUACGUGUGAGCAAUCAGAUUUUUAUUUUGACACCCUACAAGAGUAAUAUUUUGAGUAUAUAUGUUAUUUGUGUAAUAAAGUAUCUGCAAAGCA